AGGGGGAGGCGGACGGAGCUCCGGCAGUGCGCGGGUUAACGCGCUCCCGAGGCCACACCGCCCCCGCGCGACCGGCCGCCGAGCAGAAGCGGCGGGAAGCGGUGUCGCCGAGGUCGGGAUCGGUUUGAGCUGCGGCCUGGUCGGAACCAAAAGCGUGGAAAACCCGAGGACCGCAUCCUGAGGGGAAGAUGUCGGGCGGCUACCGAUGGGGAGGCCCGUGCGGCGGCGAGAGUCGUAUCUACGUUGGGAAUCUCCCGACCGACGUGCGGAUCCGGGACAUCGAGGACAUCUUCUACAAGUACGGGAAAAUUCGGGACAUCGACCUGAAGAACAAGCGCGGCUCCGCGCCUUUCGCCUUUGUGGAGUUCGAGGACCCGAGAGAUGCACAAGACGCAGUCUAUGGAAGAAAUGGGUAUGAUUAUGGAGUCUAUCGCUUACGUGUGGAGUUCCAGAGAGGCAGAGGAAUUGGCGGAGUCGGCGGUGGAUCUAGAGGAAGACCAGGACCACCAGCCCGCAGAUCAGAUUUCAGGGUCAUUGUCUCCGGGCUACCUCCCUCUGGCAGCUGGCAGGAUUUGAAGGAUCACAUGCGAGAAGCUGGUGAUGUUUGCUAUGCAGAUGUUUUAGGAGAAGGUGCAGGAGUGGUGGAAUUCCUCCGCAAGGAGGAUAUGGAUUAUGCAGUAAGGAAGCUUGACGAUACAAAAUUUCGUUCUCAUGAGGGAGAAACUGCUUAUAUUCGAGUUCGUGCUGACAAACCCAGAAGUUCUAGUUAUGGGAGAUCAAGAUCAAGGUCCCUUUCCAGAGGUCGUUAUUCUCCCUAUCAAAGCAGAAGCUCCCCUCGAUAUUCACCGAAACCCCAAUAUAGAUGAGGACUUGGUAGUCAAUUUUCUUUUUAAUCCACAUUCCAUCACUGGCGGUUAGUUUUUUUUUCCUUCAGUUCUAUAUUUCGUGCGAUGCUUUGAAUAAACUUGUUUUUUUUUCUUUUUAUUAUUGACUGUGUCAAUCUU